UUUUGAACAAGUUUAAACCAGUCAGAUUGGGCGCUGAUUCAUCGCCACAAAACCGGCCAGAUUUCGUCCCAGUGGAGCAGAAUCUGGGAAAAUGUCUUUGUUUUGACUUGUCGAUGCGAAAUCAACACGAGUCAUGACAAGAAUGAGUCUUUCCACUCUUUCUUAUAAGAUUUGGUUUAUUAGUGAUUUUACGGCCGGAAAAUGGACAAGGGUAAAAUGGAACCAACGGAAGUUUCCUCGGAUGUUUUAGUUAAAGUGUAUUGUGAAAUUGAGUGGUGUUUUAAUGACUUUGGGGAUAAUAUGUUAAUUAAAAAAAUGAAGUUAUCGGAUGGCACCGAGUCUCCAAUAUUAGAAGAACAAGAGAGUGCCAACUCAGAAAAACCAAAACAACUUGUCAAAUAUGGAGAACUAGUCAUUUUAGGAUACAACGGUUUUCUACCUCAAGGCGAUCGAGGCAGACGACGUAGCAAAUUCGUAUUAUACAAACGGCCGACAGCGAACGGUGUCAAAAGAUCGAAACAUUAUGUUGUUAAAACACCCCAUUCAUCGCAAGCUAUCUUGGACGCAAACCAACAUUCAAUAUCCUACACAUUAUCGCGUAACCAUGCCGUUAUAGUAGAGUACACCCCCGAUGACGAUACCGACAUGUUUCAGAUUGGUCGUUCAUCGGAGGCCCCCAUCGACUUUGUCGUCAUGGAUACCGUCCCUGGUGACAAAACAGGCGAAACCAAGGUGAUGCAAAGCACGAUAUCGCGAUUUGCAUGUCGGAUUUUGUGCGAUAGAAAAAAUCCGAAAAUUGCAAGGAUAUACGCCGCUGGUUUUGACACCUCCAAAAACAUAUUUCUUGGGGAGAAAGCGACAAAAUGGCAAGAAAACGGUCGCGAAAUUGAUGGUUUAACCACCAAUGGUGUGUUGAUUAUGCAUCCAAGAGGGACGUUUUGUGGCGGUGAUGCCAAGUGUAGUUAUUGGUUGGAGACUUCAGUAGGUGGCGGUGUGUUUUCAUUGAGGGAAUCAAGAUCGGCACAACAAAAAGGACAAGUUGUUGAAAAUGAAACGAAUAUUUUAGAAGAUGGAACUUUAAUUGAUUUGUGUGGGGCCACAUUAUUGUGGAGAUCGGCAGAGGGGCUCACAAAAUCACCGAGCAAGCGCGAUUUGGAGCGCGAAAUCGACGAGAUUAACGCAGGGCGCCCCCAGUGCCCCGUCGGCUUGAACACUUUAGUCAUUCCUCGAAAAGUCACACCGAACGAAAAUUUACAACAGCCUUACGUUUAUUUGAAUUGCGGACAUGUUCAAGGUUUGCAUGAUUGGGGCCAAGAUAAGGAUUCGGGGGCGCGAAAAUGCCCCAUUUGUCUCGAGUUGGGGCCGGUGGUUAAGGUUUUCAUGGGGCUCGAGCCGGCGUUUUAUGUCGAUUCGGGGCCCCCGACUUUUGCGUUCAAUCCGUGCGGACAUAUGGCCACUGAAAAGACCGUCAAGUAUUGGGCAAAUGUGGCUAUUCCGCAUGGUACAAAUGGGUUUCAUGCCGUGUGCCCCUUUUGCGCUUCGCCCCUGGCGGGGUCUCCGGGGUACGUCCGCCUAAUUUUCCAAGAUAAUGUGGAUUGAAGGGGGGGAUGUAGAGUAGUCUACCAAAGCUUUAUUUAUAUUUGCUAUUUUAUUUAAUGGUUUUUAGCAGUCUCAAUUAUGUUUAUGGAGUUUCCCCAAAUGUAAUUAAAUUGUAAUUAUUGUAAAUAAUUGCACUUGAAGAUGGGAGUGAGUCGAGAAUUGCAGUUUGUAUCAUAUCAUGAUUUUUAAUUGCGGUUUAUUACAGUGCAAAUGUUAAGACUGGUUAGGAUUUAGCUUAUACUAUGAUAAGUAUUUAAUAUAAAUCGACCUGUUAAUGCAAUUUCAUUCAAAAAACAAACCAUAUUUUUACAUACUUAAUUGACCCAGAUUUUUUCGUGAUAUAAUUUUCUCUGUUAGUCACUUUUUGUAUAUACUAGACGUUAAGUUGCCGUAGUUAACAUUUAAGCUACUAUAGUCCCACGAAAUGAAUUUAUCUGUGCCUGGAUUCACUAAAAAAAAGUUUAAAAAUCAA